UUCGUGUCCCGGCUUCCUCAAAGAAACACAGUGAGGGAGCGCGUGAGUCUUUUUUUUUUGCUCGCGGUGAUGUUGGGCGGGGUUGCAAGAAGGGAGUCCCAAAGUCAAGAUGCAUAAAUGGGGGAGGAGGGGGAUGUUGAAAGAAAGCAGAACCCCCCCCCUUUAAGCAGCCCCUUCUCAGCUGACUCAUAGGAUCUGACGAUGCAAUCCUGCCCUGUGGAUCCAUGCUCUACCAUCUGCCGCUUGCCCCCGCUCGGCCGGCUGGCUGUGUUUGGAGCCCGAUUUGGGUAUUCCUCGGGGACCUCUGCAUUUGGUGGUGAUGAAUAAAAUGCUAUAUGUAAAUAGCAAGUGAGGGACUGGUGACCUUUGAGGAGGUGUCCUUGCAUUUCACCGAAGAGGAAUAGGCCCUGCUGGAUCCAGACCAGAUAGUUGAUGGUGAUUUCUUUGGGCAAGGAUCGUUUCGUCCUUAAUCAAUAGCUAUGGAAGGACACCUGAGUUUGAAACCUAACUUCAUAGUUUGGCUGGAAGGAAAUGCAGAAGACUUCUUUGUUCAGGGUUUUGCAGAAGAGGAGAGAUCAGGAGGAGAUGCCUGGAGGAACAUGGCUGGAGGGGAGCCAUCAGAAGUGUUACUGGAAAGAGGUGAGGGGCAGAAGGAGAAACGAAAAUUGGCAAGUCGAGAUGAAGCAAAGAGACGAGAGAAGAGACAAAUGCAGAAGCUGAGGAAUGAAUGCAGUGCUUCUCAGCGUGGUAAAAAUAAAAUUCAAGGGGGUAUUCAUUAUCAGAAGGAAAUGAGAAUGUCCCUUGAGUGCAGUAAAAUCUUAAGCUGCCAAAAAGCCUGGAAUACACAUCAGAGAAGGCAUAUGAGAGAGAAACCAUAUAAAUGCUUGAAAUGUGGGAAGGGAUUUUUUGAUAAAUCAAGCCUUCUUAGACAUCAGACAGUUCACACCAGAGAGAAACCAAAUACAUCCUUAGGCUGUGGGGAAAGUAUUGGUCAGAGUGGAAAGCUUGCUUCCCAUAAAAAACAAUAUAUAGGGGAGAAAACAUAUAAAUUCUACAAAGGUGACAAGAGCUGUUCUGAUCAUUUCAUGAUUGUUAGCCAUGAGAGAAUGCGCACAGCAGAGAAAUUGUAUAAAUGUUUGGAUUUUCACCAGAGCUUUAAACAGGAUUAUCAACUCCCUAGAUAUCAAAGAAGUCGCACAGGGGAAAAACUGUAUAUGUGCCCUAACUGUGGGGAAGGUUUCAGCCAGAGCUAUAAUUUGACAAGCCAUCAGAAGAGUCACACAAGAGAGAAACCAUAUAAAUGCUUGGAGUGUGGAAAAAGCUUCAGUCAACAUGUAUUCCUUACUGGACAUCAAAGAAGUCAUACAGGGGACAAAUCUUAUAAAUACUUGGAGUGUGGAAAGAGCUUCAGUCACAGUAGCACCCUCACUUUACAUCAAAGAACUCAUAUGAGGAACAAACCUUAUGAAUGUUUGGAGUGUGGAAAGAGCUUUAGUCAGAGUAGCUCUCUUACUAAACAUCAAAGAACACAUACAGGGGACAAACCUUAUAAAUGCUUAGAGUGUGGAAAGAGCUUCAGUGAGCAUAGCUCCCUUACUAAACAUCAAAGAACUCAUACAGGGGAUAAACCUUAUAAAUGCUUUGAGUGUGGAAAGGGCUUCAGUCACAGUAGCACCCUUACAUCACAUCAAAGAACUCAUACAGGGGACAAACCUUAUCAAUGCUUGGAAUGUGGAAAGAGUUUCAGUGAGAAUAGCUCCCUUACUAAACAUCAAAGAACUCAUACAGGGGACAAACCUUAUGAAUGCUUGGAGUGUGGCAAGAGCUUCAGUCAUCAUCACCACCUUACUGCACAUCAAAGAACUCAUACAGGGGAAAAGCCUUACAAAUGCUUGGAGUGUGGAAAGAGCUUCAGUGAGAGUAGCUCCCUUACUAAACACCAAAGAGCUCAUACUGGGGACAAACCUUACGAAUGCUUGGAGUGUGGAAAGAGCUUCAGCCAGAGUAGCUCCCUUACUUCACAUCAAAGAAUUCAUACAGGGGACAAACCUUAUCAAUGCCUGGACUGCGGAAGGAGCUUCAGUUGGAGAAACUCCCUUACUAAACAUCAAAGAGCACAUAUAGGGGACAAACCUUAUCAGUGCUUUGACUGUGGAAAGAGCUUCAGUGAGAGUAGCUCCCUUAAUAAACAUCAAAGCGCUCAUAUAGGGGAUAAACCUUAUAAAUGCUUUGAGUGUGGAAAGGGCUUCAGUCACAGUAGCUCUUUUACGUCACAUCAAAGAACUCAUACAGGGGACAAACCUUAUCAAUGCUUGGAGUGUGGAAAGAGCUUCAGUCACAGUAGCAACCUUACAUCACAUCAAAGAACUCAUACAGGGGACAAACCUUAUCAGUGCUUGGAAUGUGGAAACAGCUUCAGUCACAGUAGCAACCUUACUAAACAUCAAAGAAUUCAUACAGGGGUCAAACCUUAUCAAUGCUUGGAGUGUGGAAAGAGCUUCAGUCACAGUAGCUCUCUUAUGUCGCAUCAGAGAACUCAUACAGGGGAAAAGCCUUACAAAUGCUUGGAGUGUGGAAAGAGCUUCAGUGUGAGUACCACUCUUACUAAACAUCAAAGAACUCAUACAGGGGACAAACCUUAUCAAUGUUUGGAGUGUGGGAAGAGCUUUAGUCAAACUUCCACCCUUAUUUCACAUGAGAGAACUCAUACAGGGGCCAAACCUUAUGAAUGCCUGGAGUGUGGAAAGAGCUUCAGUCAUCAUCACCACCUUACUGCCCAUCAAAGAAUUCAUACAGGGGAAAAGCCUUAUAAAUGCUUGGAGUGCGGAAAGAGCUUCAGUGUGGGUACCACCCUUACUAAACAUCAAAGAACUCAUACAGGGGAAAAGCCUUAUAAAUGCUUGGAGUGUGGAAAGAGCUUCAGCCAGAGUAACUCCCUUACUUCACAUCAAAAAAUUCAUACAGGUGACAAAUCUGAUCAAUGCUUAGAGUAUGGAAAAAGCUUCAAUCAGAGUAGCUCCCUUACUGAAGAACUUAUACAAGGGACAAACCGUAUCAAUGACUGGAGUGUGGAAAGAGCUUCAUUCAGAGUUCUGCCCUUACUUCAUAUCCAAGAACUCAUACAGGGAACAAACCUUAUCAGUGAUUAGAGUGUGGAAAGAACUUCAGUGAGGGUAGCUCCCAUGGAUGCUAUAAUUGAUAUAGGCCCAGUGGAUCUAACUUUGGCUUCCGCUUGACCAGUGUUAAUGGAUAUUUUUUAAUUAGUACAUCCUGAGGAUGUGGACAGGAUUAUUGGAGAGGUGAGGGCCAUCACAUGUGCGUUAGAUCCUUGCCCCUCCUGGCUCUUUAAAAAGGCCAGGCGGGGAUUGGCUGAGUGCUUAAAAGAAGCGAUUCAUGCCUCUCUACAGCAAAGCAGGGUCCCAGCAUGCCUGAAGGAGGGAGUUGUAAGACCCCUAUUGAAAAAGCCUUCCCUGAAUCCCUCUGUAUUGGAUAAUUAUUGGUCAGUCUCCAAUAUUUCUGGGCAAGGUACUGAAGCAUGUGGUGAUGUCUCAGCUCCAGGAGUUUCUGGAUGGGACAGAUUAUCUAGAUCCAUUUCAGUCUGGCUUCAGGUUAUGGGAUAGAGAUGGCAGUGGUCGCCUUGGUGAAUGACUUGUGCCGGGAACUGGACAGCAGGAGUGUCCCUGUUGGUUCUGCUAAACCUCUCAGUGGCUUUCGAUAUCAUCAACCAUGGUAUCCUUCUGGGCUGCCUCAAUGGGAUGGGACUUGGGGGCAGUGUUUCACAGUGGCUGCAUUCCUUUCUGGAGGUGCGAACCCAGAAGUGGUGCUGGGAGAUUCCUGUUUGACUCCUUGGCUGUUGGCCUAUGGAGUCCCUCAAGGUUCUGUUCUGUUCCCUAUGCCAUUUAACAUACACAUGAAACUGUUGGGAGAGGUUGUCCAGAGCUGUGGAGUCCGGUGCCACCAGUAUGCUGAUGACACCCAACUCUAUUUCUUCCAAGGAAGCUGUUUUGGUUCUAAACCAGUGUCUGACAUCAGUAAUGGACUGAAUGAGGGCAAACAAAUUGAAGCCUAAUCCAGUCAAGAAAGAGGUGCUCCUGGUCAGUUGGAAGGCAGAUCAGGGAACAAGGAUUCAACCUGUUUUGGUUGGGGUUACAUUCCUCCUGGAGACACAGGUUUGCAGUUUGGGUGUUCUCCUGGAUUCAGCCCUGAGGCUCAGGUUUAGCUGAUCAGGUUUCAGCAGUAGCCAGGAGUGCAUUUGUACUGUUAAAAUUAUUUAUUAUUAUUUAUUUUAUUCAUUAAAUUUACUAGCCACUUUUCUUCAUAAAAAUGAACCCAAAGCGACAGACAGUAAAAAGUAAAAAAAACCUAGUGCACUAACUGCAUCCAUUCCUGGAUAUGCCUGAUCUGGCCACAGUGACACAUGCCUUAGUCACUUCCUGUUUGGAUUACUGUAAUGUGCUCUAUAUGGGGCUGCCUUUGAAAAAUGUUCAGAAACUUCAGCAGGUCUAAAGAGCUGCAGCCAGAUUGUUAACUGCGGCUGGCACACGACUCCCUGGUUACAACAGCUCCACUGGCUACUGGUCUGUUUCUGAGCACAAUUCAAAGUGCUGGUAGGAGUGCUUUUGUAAAGCCCUAUACGGCUCAGGUCCAGGCGAUCUGAAGGACCGUAUCUUCCCAUAUGAGCCUGUCUGAGCCUUGAGAUCAUUGGGGGAGGCUGUUCUCUCUGUCCCACCGCCCUCGCAGGCAUGUCUGGUGAGAACACAGGAAAGAACUUUCUCAGUGGCUGCUCUCAGGCUUGGGAACUCCCUUCCUAGGGAGGUCAGACUGGCUCCCUCCCGGCUAUCCUUUUUUUGGCAGGUGAAUAAAUAAAUAAAUAAAUAAAUAAUUUUAUUUUUCAGCCGCCUAUCUGUCCGGGACACUCUAGGCGACGAACAACAAGAAUAAAAACAAUACAUAUAGAUCAACAUAAUCAAAUUUUAAGCUAAAAAACCAUUCAUUAAUUCAAAAGUAACAUAAAUUAAUCUGUCCCAAUCUUGUAGGCCUGCCUGAACAGCCAGGCCUUCAAGGCUCGGCGAUAGCUGGACAGGGAGGGAGCAUGUCUGAGAUCGAAAGGGAGAGAGUUCCAGAGGGUGGGGGCCACAACAGAGAAUGCCCUCUCUCUGGUCCGUACCAGCCUAGCUGUUCUCACCGGUGGGACCGAGAGAAGGUCUUGCGAGGCUGAUCUCGUCAGGCGGCACAAUCGGUGAUUCUGGAGGCGUUCCUUCAGAUAUACUGGGCCGAAACCGUAUAACCGUGAAGACUUUCCUGUUCUGACAGGCUUUUGGGAACUGACUGCAAGGGCUAUUAAAUAGGGUGCUGUUUUUACCAAUUUGUAUUUUGUGUUUUUUUAAUUGCUAUGUGUUAAUUAGGUUUAAUUUUAUCGUUAGUUGAAUUAAUUUUAAUCAACUUCUGUAUAAUUAUAUGUUUUUAACUGUAUUUGUUUUAAUCUUUGUUAGUCACCUUGAGUCCCAGUUCUGUGGAAAAGACAGGAUAUUAUUAUUAUUGUUGUUGUUGUUGCUGCUGCUGCUGCUGCUGUUGUUGUUAACAACAACGACAAUAAUAAUAAUAAUAGCUGCCUUACUAAACAUCAAAGAAUGCAUACAGAGGACAAACCAUAUAAAUGUUUGGCAUGUGGAAAGAGGUUCAGUCAACAUUUCCACCGUACUUUGCAUCAAAGAACUCAUACAGGGGGCAAACCUUAUAAAUGUUUGGAGUGUGGAAAGAGCUUUCAUCAGAAUUGCCAUCUUUAGGCACAUCAUAUGAUCCAUACAGGGGAAAAGCCAUGUAAAUGCUUGGAAUGUGGAAAAAACGUUAAGCAAAGUUACAGUCUUUCUGUGCUUCAAAAGUCCCAUACAGGUCUGGAAAGUGGAAAGAUCUUUAGCCAGGGUUGCACCCUUGCUACAUAUUAAAAAAAAACACACACUGGGGGGAAACGAUAUAGCUCCAGAGCGUGGACAAAGUUUCAUUCAGCAUACCUUCCACAUUUCGCGUCAAAGAAUUCACAGGUGGAAACAGCUUUAAUCAGAUUGCCAUUCUUUGUUCAUAUCAAAGGAUCCUUAUAGGGGAGAAUCCAUAAAAUGCUGAGAGAGUGGAAAGAGCUUCAGUCUUAGACAACUUCCGUAAGCGAGAGGCAUAAUAAUUAUGUUCAUACUUGUGGGAAACUUUUGUCAUUUGCUUUUCAAUACAUCUCUCCUACAUAAUAGGUGCCUGUAGUAGAUACCAGUGGAAGGAAUAGUUAGAAAUGUUUGAACUGUCAGGAAAUCUUCAGUGAAGAUUGUCACCAAGCUCAGUUUUGGGGGCAAAUCCGGUGAAGGUGAAAUGGAAUGAAAAAGCUAUGGAGUGGAAUGGAAGUAAAACUUUGGUCAAGAAAUUCUGGCUCAUGACUGACUCUUUUCUGGAGUGUAAGAAGCAGAAAUACUGAAAAGGCCUUAGUCAAAAGAACUGUGAAGAUACAAGAUUUGUUACUCUGUGCGACUAGCAGUUUUUUUGGGGGGGGGGCUUUGUGAAUCUGCCUGUAUUCUGACAAGUCUGAGGAUCUUGUCAGCCCAUAAAAUGAUGGAAAACUAUUUCUGCAGGUGUUUGUCCCAUAAGCUGUCAUUUACCAGUACAUACCUGGAAAUGCUUGGGGAUUGAACCUGGGUCUGCCUGCAUGCAAAGCAGAUGCUUCACCACUGAGAAACGGGGCAGUGAGCUCAGACAAUAUCGCCAUUACAAAUUAACGCACGCAUGCACGCAAUGUGGUGGUAAAUGGGCCUGCAGUGUUAAGUACACUUACAUUGCAAUCCUACAUGUGCUUACCCAAAAGUAAGUCUCAUUGAAUUAAAUGGGAUUACUCCCAAGAAAGUGUGCAUAGGACUCCAGCCUUGUUAGAGUAAUAAAUCUCUUUGUCAUAUGCCAAGGCACCUUGCCCCUCCAAAUGUUGUUUUUUUAAGAUGAGUUUUUUGGUUUGAAGCUGCUGCCUUUAUUUUCAGAUGGUGAAUUUUUUUUUGUAUGUGUCUUUUAAUUCGGGUAGGGGAGUGUCUAUGCCGGGGUAGCGAACCUACGGCACGCAUGCCCAAGGUGGUGCGCAAAAAUGUUUUGUUGGCACACCUGGCUCUCUGCCUCCCCCAAGAGACACCACAGUCUGAGAACCUUGUGGGAUCUCUUCCUCUCACAGAGGCCUUACGCAUCUCUGCUGGGGCUCUUGGGCAAGAUGCUGUGCUUUCACACGCCCUCCUUGGAGCGUGGUAGGAGGGGAUUAAGGGGAGGAACAACUGAAGGAGAAGAACAACCGCAGGCAGCCGGAGAGAAGGAGAGGCGGGAGGGAAGAAAGGAAGGGGAAGAGCCUUGGUGCUGCCGGGUGGCAGGAGGGGCCUGAGCUGCUAGCGUAGUUUUGGGGUUCUCGCACUUUCCUUUCUUCCCCCCACCCCCGCCACAUAUUUGUAAAAUACAAAUAAUAAUAAUGAAUGAUAAUCUGCUGCUCAAAAUUACCAUGGGCACGUGAGAGAAUUGUUUAGAAUAUUAUCGCCAAUUUGGGCACAUGCUCUCAGAAAGGUUCACCACACCUGGUCUAGACAUUUGGUUUGCCUGUUUUGUUUUAUGUUCCAGCAUCACUGUUUUUUUGUGAAAUAGGUAAUUUGUGGUGCCUACAACAAAAUUUCCCAAUUUGCGUCCUGGGCCCAAAAAGGUUGGGGACCCCUGAUUUAACCACCCAGGCUAAGAGGCAAGCCAAGAAAAAAAUCUGAGGCGUUCUGGAGCUUGUUGUUGUCUGUUUAAUGGUAUCUGUACAUAGACACACAAAGAAUCCAAUUAAAACAAAAAUAAAUAAAUAAAAAUAA